AAAACUUUAGUGAAAAGUUUUUUUUUUCGUACGUGAAGGAUUAGCCUUUCAGUGUUGGAUCUGUGACAGUGUGGUGGGAUCUGAACAACGUUACAAGUUUUGAAAACAGAGAUAAUCGUCUUCGGACACCGAAAUGACUACAGACAGCGCGCUCAAUUCUCAACGGGUAUUCAAGAAGUCAUCGCCGAACAACAAACUGACUUUAUACCUGGCGUCCCGCGACCUCGUGGUGGAGAAUGGCUGCAUCGACAAGAUCCAGGGCGUCUUGCACGUGGACACAGACAGCUUGGAGAAUAAGAAACUGUUUGGCCAGAUUACCUUGACUUUCAGGUACGGUCGAGAAGAUGAAGAGGUGAUGGGUUUGAAGUUCUGCAAUGAAGCUAUAAUGAGCCUGGCGCAAAUAUGGCCGGUGCACUGCAAUCUGGAGAGGGAACCCAACACACCGCUACAGGAUGCUCUCAUCAAGCGACUGGGUGCGAACGCUUUUCCUUUCCAUCUAGAGCUGACUCCGAUAGCGCCCCCAAGUGUGCAGUUGGUGCCAGCAAAACAAUACCAUGGCGCACCUAUUGGCACAUCAUACGACGUCCGGGCAUAUAUUGCUGAACGAGCAGAUGAGAAAGUAUCUCGCCGCAACACAGUGCGGAUGGGGAUCCGGGUGCUUCAGGGUCCGGGGAAGGCGUCAUCCAUGCCGCUGGUACUGCCGCCAAACUCACCUCAUCGCUCACUCGGCACCUUGGCACAACAUAAUGUGCUCCGGCUGAAAAAUAAAACCAAAUUGGAGCCCGAUGAGAAUUGCCGUGCGAAAAGUGAGGAAAUUGAAAACCUGGAGCCUGCACCGCCUCGGGCCACCGUUGAAAAGCCGUUUCUUUUAUCAGAUGGCAGGGUGGAGCUGGAAGCUUGGUUGGACAAGGCCACGUACUCGCACGGGGAAUCGAUACUGGUCAGCGUGCUGAUAUCGAACCACUCCUCCAAAACUGUGAGAAGAAUUAAGACGCUAGUUGUCCAGCACGUUGACGUCUGUAUGUUCUCCAAUGGCAAAUUCAAGAAUGUCGUCGCCUUAGUGAAAGGGUCAGGCACCCCCGUCCUGCCCGGACAGAUCCUCACGGACACCUACACUCUGACCCCCCACAAAGGUGUCACCAAAAAUUGGAUAGCACUAGAAGAUUCUUACUCAAAAUCUGGUGCUAGUCUUGCAUCAACAGUUGUGUGCAGUACCGAUUCCCCUGAUGAACGCAACGUUUUUGCUAUAUACGUUUCGUAUUACGUCAAAAUCAAACUUACGCUAAGCGCAAUGGGCGGAGACGUCUCACUUAAACUUCCGUUCAUAUUAACACAUUCUUGUAUCAACGAAGCCCCUACAGAUAGUGUCACCGAAGAAGCCACGCAUAAAAUGAUUUUAGAAGGCAAAGAAAACAGUGACGAAGAGGACAGUAAAGCUGAGACAGAAAAUGAUAAACAAAACAACAACGGAACAAAGAAAGACGAAGGUACAGCACUCAGUGAGAAUGCUGAAGUAAAAUCACCAGAAGAACACAGAUGUGUAGCUGAUGUUCUCGUUAAUAUAGAGAACAAACUGAGUGACAGACCAAAGAAGUUCGAAGGACAAACAGAAAUAAGGAACGCAAAGCCCAAUGAAGAAGAAUUGGAUAUGAUCGUGAAAUACCCAGGCACUGAUACGUGAUCCGAUGAGCACAUCGAAGACACAAUUCAGGAAGUGGAAAAGACUGAACACAAUACUGAACAGUCGAAUGGUGGUAAUACACUAGAUGUAAAAACUAGUAAAACGGAAAUACAACAUCCGAAAAGUGGUUUUGCAGAAAACUUAAGAAGGGUAGUUUGUUGUAUAGAUAGAAGACGCUAUUCUUAAAUAUUGUAAGAUUUUAGUUUCAAUUGGUGUAAAUAAAGUAUAUGCAAACCAAUAUUAUAUCAUAACGUAAUUGUACGUUUUAAAUUGACUUUACAUUAUUCAAUGUUCAAUU